AUGGCGAAAGAACGCACCGGAAUCGCUGUCGGCUUGAACAAGGGCCACAAAACCACUCCUCUGGAGACCAAGCCCCGGAUCAGCCGCACCAAGGGUCACCUGUCCCGCCGCACUGCCUUCGUCCGCGAGAUCAUCAAGGAGGUCGCUGGUCUUGCUCCGUAUGAGCGCCGUGUUGUCGAAUUGCUGAGGAACUCUCAGGACAAGAGGGCGAGGAAGCUGGCCAAGAAGAGGCUCGGUACCAUCGGCCGUGCCAAGCGGAAGGUCGACGAGAUGCAGAAGAUCAUCGCGGAAUCCAGACGGGCGGGUCACUAA